UUUGUCUUUCAGCAGAUCUGAUCUGAUCUGACCUUCUUUCAUCUUUAACUUUGAUCACUUUCUCUCCUUCGGGAAACUUUUGAACCUCGUCCCCACACUCCAGCUGGUGGUUUCGGGGUGUUGUUGGAGGCUGUCUACCGGCCGGGGACUGAGCCUUCGGGAAUGCACUUUGCAGGAAACGCAGCUCGCUGCUCGGACACCUCCUGCUUUCUUUUUUUCUUAACGAGGAGUUACAAAUGAAUGAAGGACAUGCGAUCGUGAAGGAAAGAAAGUUUUCUUCUGUCUCCCCUCCUCAGUCCGCCGGGCCGCAGCCGGGCUGAGGGCAUAGGAGCCCGGAUUGAGCGCUCCCUAGACGGCAUGGAGACCGGUGGUGCCGGCGGCCGGGCGGGGCUCCAGCAGCAGCAGCAGGCGGCGGGCGGAGGAGGAGGAGGUAGCGGCGGCUGGGUGCUAGUGGAGGCCCGGCUGCAGGGAGGAGCACCGUGGGGCUUCACCCUGCAGGGCGGCCUGGAACAUGGAGAGCUGCUCAUCAUCUCCAAGGUGGAGGAGGGCGGUAAGGCAGACCGCUUGGAGCGCCCUCUGCUGGUGGGGGAUGAGAUCAUCAUCAUUAAUGAUAUUGAGCUGACUGGAUACAGACAGGAAGCCAUUGCUCUUGUCAAAGGAUCGUACAAGACUCUGCAGCUCACCGUCCGCAGGGAGUUUGACCCAGGAUACAUUGAGGAGUUUGGCACCUCACCUCCCUCCCUCCCUGAUCUUCCUCCUCCGUCUCCUCCCCCUCCUUCUUCUCCCCUGCCGCCACACCAUCAACAACAACAACAAGACACACCAACGUCUUCCCGCCGCAGCAGACCAUGUUCAGCAGGAGGAGUCCAACUACGCAUCAAGAACAGACGCAGUGAGACAGCAUCUCGUCCUCACUCGUGGCACUCAACAAAGCUUGGGGAGUGUCAGCAACAGCCAGACCAAGGAAGGAUGGAUGCAGUGAGCAGUGCCUGGCACCACAACUACCAUGCCAGCGCUUCGACCACUGACCUCUCGGGCGGGUUUGAAUCUGGCGGCAGCUACCUGAGGAAGAGUCCGGACCAGUACAGCUCAAGGGGCAGUAUGGAGAGCCUGGAUCCUCCUCAGUCCUCCCAGCAUCACCACGGAGUCCAGCAUCACCACUCACUGGGGCACCACGCCCAUAGCGGACCACACCCCGCCUACUCCUCCUGCCACCAGCUGUCCUCUGCCAGAUCCUCCAACAGUAUCGACCACCUCCACAGCAAACGAGACUCUGCCUACUCGUCCUUCUCCACUAGCUCCAGUAUCCCAGAGUACCUUGCCUCCGCCCCCUCCUCCAGCCCCGAGCGCUGCUAUUCGCUGGAGACCGUCCCUCAGAGAGUAGGAGGAAGUGGGGAGAUGCAGCAGGCCGACAUACGUUACAUCCGGACUAUUUACGACACUCAGCAGGGACUUUCUCAAGAGCACGAGUUGAGCUCCACUUCCGCCGCGUUGCUACGCAACAAUGACUCCAGAAGUGCAAGGGGAGGGCAAAGCCGAGAUGUGCAAGGUUCAGGGGGUGGAGUUUGUUACCGUGGCAGCAGCAGCAGUAGUAGUAGCAUCAGCGGCGGUGGUGUACCAGCUUCAAACAGACACAGUGUGGGUCCAAUAUGGGGCCCAGCAACCAGCCGCAGCUCUUAUGAGAGCCUGAAGGGUGCUCCGGCUCCACCAAGGCGCAGCGACAGCUAUGCAGCCAUCAGGAACCAUGAGAGACCAAACUCCUGGUCUAGUCUGGAGCAUGCCCGGUCACUACGGUCUUUGCAGAAAGGUUCCUGGCAUCACUCCAGUGGACCUUUGGCUUCAGGCUCAGCAAAAGGCUCAUACAGCAACGAGGGGCAGCUUCACACAGUGAUAGAGAAGAGUCCGGAGAGCAGCCCUACAAUAAAGCCCCGACAGGGCGGAGGCUUUCCACAGCCUCCUUCGCCACCUGGUUCCUCCUCCGGCCUAGCAGACCCCACUCCCCAGUCCGGUCGCCUCAUUCUGCCCACAGGUGUGUACCCUGUCCCCCAACCUGAGCCCCACUAUGCACAGAUGCCCAGCUCCAGCCCUGUGCCAUCUUCCUCUGGAGUCUACCCUGCUCUGGCCAAGGAGAGCAGCCGACAGCACGGGCUGCACAGCGUCGGAGGAUGGGAUGAGGAAGCCACAGAGGGGUUGAGGGAUGGAAGGAUGUCAACUACAGAAAAUGGAUACCAAAACACUUCUUCUUCAUCAUACCACCACUCAUCGUCUUCAACACCUGCCUCUGCACAGCUCAGGAAUCAAGCACAUGAGACAGACAGACCCCACCUGAAACCUGCUGUAGGAUCAGAGGGCCAGGCAGGCACCCAAAGGCCUCAAAGCCACCAAGGGCCUUACAAUCAGAGGCCCCAUAUUCAUUCUAAUCAGGGACUCCACAGCCAAAUGUCCCAUGAACAGAACCAAGAUUUACACAGUCAUCAAAUCCAGUCGACCUCUGGCCACAGGCGUACAUCCUCACAAGAGUGGAGGGACCCCUACACACUUGACCAGUCUAGGAGAGACAAAAACAGAUCAAUGGAUCAACCCAUCAUUCAUAGAGAGUCAGGGGCAUCCUCCAGGGUCGCCCAGGGACAGGUCCCAUCUACCCAUUUACCUGUUCACCCCCAGGCUCAGGAUCAGAUGACCCCUGCCUCCCAGCCCCGUCACCACAGCGACUCAGCAGUUCUACAGCACCACCAAUGGGAGCAGAGAGAGCAGGACAGAGACAGAGAACACCCACUGACCCGCCUGGAGAACGCCCUCGCCGAGGUCCAACGAUGUGCCAGCCCUGAAAGUGUUGCCUCUGCUAGUAGUCAUGGUAACAGUAAUGUCAGCGAAGGCAACCAGGGACCUUCCCGCUGCCUCUCGGUCCUGGAGAAGGUCAGUCGGUUUGAGCGUCGUGAACGUGGCGGAAAGCCGCACAGUCACAACACCGGCCAUGGACACAACAAGGCUGCUCAUCAUCGGAUGACUGAGAAAGGCCGCAAUGCCGCCUGUGGAGCAGAGGACCUCAGAAACAUGCUGGAGAGAAGUACCAACGGCCCCAAAGCCCACAGAACUCUGAGCUACAGAGGAGGCAGCAACGACUACAUGAAAUACAGGACCCCAGCGGAUCCCAGCUCAGCCCUCCAGAGAAGCCGCAGCACUUACCAGCUGGAUGAAUCCAGGGAAGGAGACAGGAGUAAGGAAUUCCCCUGGAGACAGGAUAUCCAGGAGAUGCUGGGCUCCAUGCAGGACACCUCCUUAAACAGAUCUUACAGGGACUCCGUGAAAGACGCCCAAUCUAAGGUCCUGCGGUCCACCUCCUUCAGACGAAAAGAUCUCAACUCCUCAACUAGCCCUCCUCCUUCUGCAGCUCCUCCUCCUGUCCCCUAUUCUGGCAGCCAUCAACCUCCGCCCGUCCCCGCCAAGUACCACUCCUUGGAGAAGAGAGGUCCAAAAACCAAGCCGAAACCACAGGGCGUUGUUAUCCCACCACAGUCUCCAACACUAGCCACCUCCCCUCAUACCCCAAAAGAGCGGCAUGUAGUUGGCCCGGAGAAUCGAGGUUCAAGCCCCCCGGCCCUCCCCAACAUCCCACCAGUUGGACCUCCUGCUGUAUUGCGUAUUUGUGGCCGCAAGCGUCUGACUGCGGACCAGAAGAAACGCUCAUACUCAGAGCCAGAGAACAUGAAUGAGGUUGGAGUUUCGGAUGCUGAGACUACUGCCCUCUUCAGGCGUGGUGGAGAAACCAGUGUGGCAGACCGCCGGAAGAUGUUUGAACUUGUGGCGAACCGUUUCGCGACAUCGCACAACACCGCAUCAAAGCCCGAUUUACGACAGCUUCAACAUGAUGCUCUGGCGGAGUACGUGGAGAGGAAGAGAGGUGUUAAGAGAGACGAGGGAGGACCGAGGAGUGGACCGAGGCCUCGCAGUGCUUAUGUACAGCCUGAAAACAACUACUAUGCAGGCUCCUACUGUCACUCAGACACCCUCAGCCUCUCCUCCACCUCCACCUCCAGCCUUAACCCGCUCCAGGACUCUGGCCCAGAUCGGAGCUUCUCCCCUGAGGAGAGGCGUCAGUGCUCCACCCUUCCUACUGGAGGUGACCUACGGAGCCUCCAGUCCAACCUAUUCUACCCAGGCAGGGUGACUUCUCCGAGACCUCCAGCGAACCCACAGCCCAGUGCUCCUACUGGCUCACCAACUGAGCUCCAGGCUCACUUCUCCAGCACCCAGCACCUCCAGGAUUUCACCCCUGAAGCAGAGCUCAGCAGACAGGGUCAGUGUUUGAGCAGAGAGUCAGAUGUGGGCCACCAGCAACAGGCAACAGGAGUAUCCAAGCAGCACAGCAACGGGGCUCUGCAGAGGGUCGGGUCAGUUCGGGGCUCAGGGAAGUCGGCUUCUGCUGAGGAUCUUUUGGAGAGAUCAGAGGAGAAACCUACGACUCCUUAUCACUACCGCUCCCGCUCCUCCCCCUCAGUGGAGAGGCUGAUCCAGGACUUCCCCUCAGGUGACAUCAGGAUGUUUGGUGUCUUCAUCUCUGAACCUGGACGCCACUCUGUAGCUGGGGACAGACCAACAGACCUCCAGGUAUCAGGGGGCCUUGUCUCUUCUCAAUCAUUGAUGAACAGUCCGAACACCGCCCGAACUGAAGGACCUUCUCAAAACCCAGCUUCCUCCCACACUCCUGUCACUCGUAGAGAGCGGCAGAGGAACAGUGAGCGGCAGCGAGCCAACAGCACCUCCACUCUGGCAGCAUCUGUUGGCCUGCCCUGCCCUUUCUCCCCAUCUGGGACUCCAGGCGGAAGUGGAACUGAGUGGCAUGCUAGCGAGAGGCUAAGCCAGGCCAACCUAGAUGCCAUCACCUUCCCAGGCCUCCCACAAACCAGCAAAGAUGGUGACAGUGAUAGAAACAGUGAAACCAUGGUGACAGGCAAAGAGACAAGACAAUGUCUGAGUGACUCCAGCAUAUUAGAAGACACUACAAAGGACAUGCAUAGAAGGAGAGCCCUCAGUUUUGAGAAUAAAGAAACUGACUCAGAAAACACCAAACAAGUUUCAUCAGUGACUCCAACACCCAUGACCCAUUUCCAGCUUGCAACCCCACCAAACAGGAAGAACAAUGAGAGCACCAUGUCAUCUCAAUCCUCCAGUGUGUCCGUCCACCCGCGCCUGCCCUCACUACGAAUCUCAGAGUCCAGCCUCUUCAGCUCCAUGGACCAGCAGCAACCAGUUGAAACCUCCAGAGGACUAUUACAGGAGUAUGAUGAGGUCUUUCUCCAAAAUCCUCCCCCUCCGUCACCUCCUCCGCCAAUCAAAGAGACAAACAUCACAGAGGACUUCCCUCCUCCUCCUUCUCCUGUUGAGUUGGACCAGAGUGCCCAAGAGCAGACCAUGGAAAGCCUCCAUUCUUCACUGAAGCCACAGCCUUUCACCAUCACAUCCGUCUCCACAUCCAGUUUUUCUGGCUCGGACACCCAGGAGUCCGAAGACACCCUGGGUCUUGGUUACCAGCCCCUGCCUAAGAGGGAAAAGACAUCUGAGGAGCUGCGAGUGGAGGCACUGGCACAGCAGCUGGUAUCGCAGGACAGCUCUCUGGCACCCCUUCUGGACACAUGGGGGGGGAAGUCUACCAUAGAGCUUGUGGAGGAGAUCUUUCCAAACAGUAGAUUGGGUGGUAAAUUGCCAUGGCAACGCAGUAGCAGCAAUGGCAUCAACACGUUGACGAAUCAAGGAACAGAGACUGAUCUGGACGAGGACGAGAAAGACCUUGACAGCAGGAAGGUUGAGCUGUGUGAUGCUCUGAGCCUCAGUUUGGCAGCUCUGCGACAGGAGAAGGAGGCUCUGUAUGAGGAGCAGAGGAGACACCAGGCGCUGGGGGCGAGCAUCGAGUCACUAGUGCAGGAACGCUGUAAGACCAACGAGAGGGACAAGUACAGCAUGUUCAUCGGAGAUUUGGAGAAGAUUGUAAACCUGCUGCUGUCUCUGUGCACCCGGCUGUCGAGGAUCGACAGGUCUCUGCUCGCUCUGGAGAGAGAAGAGCUGUCACAAGAGGACAUAGCUGAGGAGAGGGACUCCCUCCAUCACAAACGCUCUCAGCUCCUCCGUCAGACCGAAGAUGCCCGGGAGCUGAAGGAGAACUUGGACCGGCGGCAGCGUGUGGUCCACAACAUCCUCUCCGGCUACCUCAUAGAACCACAGCUCCAGGACUUCCGCCAGUUCAUCAGCACCAAACCCUCCCUGAUGAUUCACCAACGGAACCUCGAUGACCUCAUACGGCAGGGGGAGGAGCAGCUGACGCAGUUGGCUGAGAGCCUGCCGCCAGAGGUGGUGGUGGCCCAUGAUUGGUCUUCACUCUCCUCAUCGAGUCCUGCCACCUGCUCUUCUCCGUUUCCACCGCUGCUUCCCCCCUCUCUGAUUCCAGCCCCCACACACUCAGUCAGGUCCACCACUGUGACAUCACUGUGAUGUCACGGACAGGCCACUGCUACAGGUGGCAGUGCAGGACGAGAAAUGAAGAAGAGCCGAUAGGCUCCCUAAAAACUCACUCGGAUUUGGAGUGAUGCUCUAAACUGAAGGAGCUUAACAUGAAGGAUUAAUGGGCCUGAAGCAGGCAGCGUUCACACUGAAAAUACUAUGCAGACUUCACACAUGAAGAAGAAAAAAGCCUUUAUUGUGCCUCAUUCUAUUCACACCUGACUGUACGUCUCACCUGAGGGAUAAUCACAGCCUCAGCUCACCUCAACAUUAACAAACAGCACUAUGUGGACUCAAAGUGACUGCUGUCAAUGUUUCUAAUCAUCCUCUGCUCUGAAAAGUGAUUUUAAACGUCCUCCAGGGGUUUUCAGGUUGGAAGUUCCCAAGAAAGUUUGUUGUUGAAUAGUAAACAGGACAAUUCCAGGAUUAGACAUAAUUUCCUGCAUUUUUACAAUAUUUUCCAGCUCUUAUUGUGUUAAGAAAUACUUGAUAUUUUCAGUUUCCUCUUAGUAAAGACAAGAUCUGUAAAGUUUGAAAUGUCAGUCUCAACUUCAGUUUCUGUUCUAGAUUCUAAACACUGUACAGCUGAAUACAAUUGGCUUUAAUCCUGGUGCAGGCAGGCUAGAAAGGAACUAGAAUUUGUUGUAAAAAGUCCCAAGCACACUGGAAUUGUCCUUUUACAAAGCAGACGGUGCUUUCAGGAAACCUCCAACAUUCAGACGUUAAUCCAAGAACUUUUAUUUCUCAUGAAAAGACAAAGCGAGCAGGUGUGUUGUCUCCCAAAGACAAUUCAUAUACCAGUAUUUAAAAUAUUGUCAUCAACUAUUUUCACAAUCCAUCAGCUUUUCUUUUUUUUAGCUUUCACAUGUGUACAGUUCACAAAUUUACCACCAAAAUUGGAGGGACAAUGUUUUUAAAGUCAGAAUCAUGAAGGUCUGAUCAAAUGUUAUCAUCACUGUCAUAUCAUACUGUAACUCUACUACUGCUGUCUGUAUGUCUGGAGCUUGUAGCACUUUUAGCAGUUUGACUACUGUUUGCAGCAGAAUGUACACUGAAUGAUAAAAAAAUAAUAAUAAUUCUGCUAUUGCCUCUUUAAUGGUUUCCUGUAAUGAAACAGUUGAUGAAAUAUUUUCAUCCACUUGGUUUCAUUUUGGAUUUGAGGUUUUAUGUUCUCGUUCAAAGUGUCAGAUGAGCCACAACUGAAAAUACUUACCAUAAUUUGUGAAUAUGUCAGCCAUUUUUUUAAUGAACGGGUUAGUAAUUAAGGUAAGAGAAUAACAAAACAAUGCCACAAUUGACCAAAACCCAAAGAUAUUUUUUUAUUUAAUUUAAACAAACAAGCCUAGAUUUCUCAUUAAUGUCCUGUCAAUGGUGUACUUAAUUAAACCGACUAACUGUUUUAUUGUGGCCAAAUGUCUCACUUAGUUUGGGGUGUAGAUCAAGUUUUCCAAGCUGCCUCACACGUUCAUGUUUUGAUCUACAGUGGACUGUGAUGGUUGUAAACAGCUGCUCAGAACAUCAUUUUGACACAUCAGUCAUGAAAAAACGAGAGCCUUGUGGAAAUGUUCUUUGAAACCUCAGAAAAAUGAAGCCUUAGCAUCGGUAAAACUGAGCAAAAUCAAACUACUUUUAUAAAACUCACCUACAUAUCAUAUCUGUUUUAAAGAAACACUUAACACCUUUUUUCUCUACCUGGAGUUUUUAUUCAGUAAAAGAA